CACUUCAAUCCCAUUUGGUUUUUGUAACAAUCAUCUCAACGAGGCCAGUUGCUUCGUUCCUCUCUGUUUCUGUGAAGAAGAAGCAUUCCUUCUUGGAAUGCGAUUCUUCUUCUCCUCCUGAUUUCUCCGGUGUUUCAAUUCUCGUAGGCUUCCUAUCUCUUUCUCUCGAGCUAUCUCUAGCCUGACUUUUUACUUUUUUCCUUAAAGCUUCUUGAAGAAGCUUUCUUUUACGGUCGGUUUCAGCUCGGUGCAAAUUACUAGCUAACGUACCUACUGUACUUAGGUGCUUAAUCAUGACGGUGACACCAAAAAUCUCAAUCAACGAUGGGAACCUUGUGGUCCACGGCAAGACCAUUUUGACUGGGGUGCCAGACAACAUUGUGCUAACGCCCGGCUCUGGUGUUGGGCUUGUUGCUGGGACUUUUAUUGGUGCCACAGCCUCUGAUAGCAAGAGCCUGCAUGUCUUUCCCAUGGGUGUUUUAGAGGAUCUCCGAUUCAUGUGUUGCUUCCGAUUCAAGUUAUGGUGGAUGACUCAAAGAAUGGGAACAUGCGGAAAGGAUGUUCCUUUGGAGACCCAAUUCAUGCUUGUAGAGAGCAAAGAUGACAACGGAGGAGGAGAGCAAGCUGAUUCUCCAACCAUCUACACGGUUUUCCUUCCUCUACUUGAAGGCCUAUUUCGUGCUGUUCUACAAGGGAAUGACAAUAACGAGCUUGAGAUUUGCCUCGAGAGUGGAGACAAUGCUGUUGAGACCAAUCAAGGCCUAUACCUUGUCUACAUGCAUGCCGGUACCAAUCCAUUUGAAGUCAUCAACCAGGCUGUAAAGGCAGUAGAGAAACACAUGCAAACUUUUCUUCACCGUGAGAAGAAAAAGAUGCCUGCUUUUCUUGACUGGUUUGGAUGGUGUACAUGGGAUGCUUUCUAUACCGAUGUCACAUCUGAGGGCGUUGAGGAAGGCCUUAAAAGCUUAUCAAUGGGAGGGACACCUCCACGAUUCCUAAUCAUAGAUGAUGGCUGGCAAGAGAUUGAAAACAAGAGCAAGGAUUCUGAUUGUGUUGUGCAAGAAGGAGCACAGUUUGCGACUAGGCUAACGGGUAUUAAAGAGAAUUCAAAAUUCCAAAAGAAUGGACAGAAUGAAAAACAGGUUUCGGGCCUGAAGCUUGUUGUGGAUGAGGCGAAGCAACAUCAAAAUGUGAAGUUUGUGUAUGUUUGGCAUGCUCUAGCCGGCUACUGGGGUGGAGUGAAACCGGCAGCUUCUGGCAUGGAGCAUUAUGACACUGCUUUAGCUUAUCCAGUUCAGUCGCCUGGUAUUCUUGGAAACCAACCAGACAUUGUCAUGGACAGCCUGGCUGUUCAUGGUCUUGGUCUAGUGCAUCCAAAGAAAGUUUACAAUUUCUACAAUGAACUUCAUGCCUAUCUUGCUUCGUGUGGAGUUGAUGGAGUAAAAGUUGAUGUGCAAAACAUCAUCGAGACACUUGGUGCUGGUCAUGGUGGUAGAGUUUCUCUUACUCGCAGCUAUGUCCAGGCUCUUGAAGCUUCAAUUGCUCGAAACUUUGCAGACAAUGCAUGCAUAGCUUGCAUGUGUCACAACACUGAUGGCAUAUAUAGUGCAAGGCAGACUGCUGUAAUCAGAGCUUCUGAUGACUUUUAUCCCCGGGAUCCUGCUUCGCACACCAUCCAUAUUUCUUCUGUGGCUUACAACACCCUUUUCCUUGGGGAAUUUAUGCAACCGGAUUGGGAUAUGUUCCAUAGUCUACAUCCAGCAGCAGAGUAUCAUGGUGCAGCUCGUGCCAUUGGAGGAUGUUCAAUUUAUGUCAGUGACAAGCCAGGCAACCAUAACUUUGAACUUCUGAAGAAAUUGGUUCUCCCUGAUGGCUCUGUUCUUCGCGCCCAAUUACCUGGGAGGCCUACUCGCGACUGUCUAUUUGCUGAUCCAGCUAGAGAUGGCAUCAGUUUGCUCAAAGUAUGGAAUGUGAACAAAUGUUCUGGAGUGGUUGGUGUGUUUAACUGCCAAGGUGCCGGCUGGUGCAAGGUUUCCAAGAAGACGAGGAUUCACAAUGCAUCUCCUGGUACCCUCACCGGUUCUGUUCGUUCCGAGGAUGCUGAUGCCAUAGGUCAAGUUGCGGGUGCUGAUUGGAACGGAGAUACAGUAGUUUAUGCCUAUAAAUCAGGGGAGGUGGUUCGGUUACCUAAAGGUGCUUCAUUGCCAGUGACACUCAAAGUUCUGGAGUACGAGCUUUUCCAUUUCUGCCCCCUCAAGGAGAUUGCUUCCAACAUUUCGUUUGCUCCAAUAGGCCUGCUUGACAUGUUCAACACCACCGGAGCCGUGGAGCAGUUCGAGAUCCAUAUGGUUUCUGAGAAGGAACCAGAGCUCUUUGAUGGUGCAGUUCAAUCAGAGCUAACAACUUCUCUAAGUGACAACCGAUCUCCAGCAGCAACAAUCUCCUUGAAAGUCAGGGGUUGUGGUCGUUUUGGAGCUUACUCUUCUCAGCGUCCGCUGAAAUGCAAGGUGGACAACACUGAAGCUGACUUCAACUAUGACUCUGCAACUGGAUUGGUGAGCUUUGGUAUCCCUGUCCCGGAGGAAGAUAUGUACAGAUGGCAUAUUGAAAUCCAAGUUUAAGUUAGUAGUUGUUUGGUAUUUAUUUUUAAGAAAUUUAAGUAUUAAGGAUGUUAUCAGGGUGGUGGGGAAUUUGAAAUUGUUGGGGUUUCAGAUGUGGUUUUGGUGGGAUUCUAGUCAAAUUUCAUGUCUAAGCUCGCUGCAGGGAAGGAAAGGAGAGCAGAGUAUAAACUUUACUCUCUUUUUUAUGUAUUUUGUGGUCAAUUAACGUCGGCUUAUCUGUCGUUUGCGUCGGGUCUGCCGCUCAGUUGAAAGCUAUGAAACAAGUCUGCGGUAGUUCAAAACUUGAAUUGGCACAAUGUUGUGGCUGUUCUAGUCAUAUAUAUAUAUAUAUAUAAUAAAAGUAUCUUUUAGAUUA